UUAUCUUUCCAUCAACCAAUCCACUCCACUGCCCCCGGAGCCAAACACAACAACAAGCUUCCCUGUUUUCUUCUUCUCUGCUCAAAUCCUAUAUCCACCAUGUGCUCCAUGAGAAGCAGCGGCAGCGGCGCGGCGGUGCCGGUAGAGAGUGUAGACCCGGAGGCGGCGUGCGCGCUGCUGGCCUCGGAGCAGUACGGGUACGUGGACGUGCGCAUGUGGGAGGACUUUGACAAGGGGCACGUCGCCGGCGCACGCAACGUACCGUAUUACCUCUCCGUCACCCCUCACGGCAAGGAGCGCAACCCUCACUUCGUCGACCAGGUCGCCGCGCUCCACUCCAAGGAGGACCGGUUCCUCGUCGGCUGCCGCUCCGGAGUGCGGUCAAGGCUCGCCACCGCAGACCUCGUAGCCGCCGGAUUCACGAAUGUGAAGAACCUGGAGGGUGGCUACCUCUCCUUGCUCAAGAGCGCAAGCUACCCGCAGCCGACGGCCAGCCACCACUGAUCCAUAAAUUCCGUGUCUAGAAUAAGUACUCCCUCCGUCCCAUAAUGUAAGACGUUUUUUGACUCUAUUGUAGUGUCAAAAAACGUCUUACAUUACGGGACGGAGGGAGUACUACGAUGUAGUAUUAUCCAACUUCUUAUGAAGAAUAAGAGGAAGAAGCGUGUUCAGAGCUGAGGAGGAAUUAAUUUCCAAGGAAAAAGAAGGCACUAUGUAUGUAUAUGCACUUAUGCAUCCUGAGUUCUUGGCAUGGACUAUGUUCCAACCAAUAGUGCUACUAGCUGAAUACUGAUUUUCCCUUUUAUGAAUGUAUCUUGCAAAAAGAAACCAAAGCAAAUGUUUUAUUCUUCA